UGCGGCCGCGAACUCCACUUGCACCGUCAGGUCAAUGGGCUUCACAUCUUCUCCCGUGGGAAUGGUGGGCACCGGAGGCACGGAUCCCGGAGCCUGGCUGCUGUCCACAGCAGCCUGAAGGGUGAGGAGCACAGCCGCAGAAGCAGAUACCAGGUUCGGCUGCAGCUGAGCGGUCUGGGCAGUGGAGGCGGACGGCGACGGCUGCUGCUGCUGUUGUUCCUGCUGCUGUUGCUGUUGCUGCUGCUGCUGCUGCUGCCUGCGGCGGGCGGCUGCGGCCCCCGCGGGUCUGCGCGCUACUUUGCGCUCAUUGACGCCGCGCAGCGGGAAGAUGGUGGGGACCCGCACCGUGUAGGUUUUGCGGCCGCCCUGGAAGUGAACGCUGCAGAGACGGUGGCCCGUGGUGGGCUGGAAGGUGGAGAAGCACCCACUGACGCCGGCACGGGACACAUUCUUGAGCCAAAGGCGCCGCAGCUCAGCGUCCUUGGGAAACGUAUAGAAGUGCAACGCCUUGUCCCGGUGCGAGUUGUUGUAGCAGCCUGGCACGCAGCACGUAAAGCCAGGCAUGGCUGCGCCGCGCGGCCCGGCCCGGCCCACCGGCCUUCUGAGCCUUUCGACGGCCCGGUCUGUAUGCCGCCGCCCGCCCCUCGACGGGCGGCACCGCGCGAGGCCUCGGGCGGCCUCCCACUACUGCCGCCCGGCGCGGCCGGACUGGCCCGGCGCCCUGUGCCCAGAAUACGCCUCCCGUCGGCCCGCGCCGAGCCAGCCGCCCAGCCGCCCGCCUGCGCUCCAGAGUGGGCCCCAGGGACGCCGCGAAGGACCGCCUGGGAAAGAGGACUACGCCCUCCACAAUGCACCGCGGCAGAAGCCGCUCACUUCCGGAGCGGGGGCGCGCUUGUUCCGGCCUCUUUGCAGGGCACCGCGACAGCCCACGUAGAGCGGACUCUUCCCCUACACGGCUCACCCUCGGCGGACUAGAGAGGCGUAUUCGGUCGGAACGCUGUCGCUUGGACCGCCCUUCGCAAGGACCUGGAAUCCUGAUGGGGGGGUCGGGCGGCGCGCGUCUCUCCAGUGCGCAAGCGCCCUGGACAUGUGCCCACGGAAACUACAAAUCCCGCAAUGCCUUGCGCUAAACUUGGCGGCUGCGGCCUGGAGCGCCGCCUAAGGGAAAGGUCGGGUUGCAAGCGGACCAGGUUUCGGACGAGGCCGUGCUGUUCGCCGGAAGCAAUCCCCCAACCUGUCCAAAGAGCCCUGCUUCAAACACCUUCCUCUAGGAGGCUGAGGAGCCAAACAAAGAUGACUGCCAGGCGUUGUUCUCAUAGAGCCAGGUCUAUUGACAGAUUGGCCCAUGUUCAAGCCAGUGGACACCUGGAGGAACAGACACCCCGGACUCUGCUGAAGAACAUCUUACUAACUGCCCCGGAAUCUUCCAUCCUAAUGCCAGAGUCAGUGGUGAAGCCAGUGCCGGCACCGCAGGUGGUCCAGGCUUCCAGACGGGAAAGCGGUCGGGGCAGCCUGGAGCUGCAGCUUCCUGAACUUGAGCCCCCCACAACCCUGGCUCCAGGUCUGCUGGCUCUUGGCAGAAGGAAGCAGAGACUGAGGUUGUCAGUGUUUCAGCAAGGAGUGGACUUGGGACUGCCUCCCUCCCAAGAGCCUCAUGGGAAUGCUGAUGCCUCUUCCCUCACCAGCUCCCUCAACUUGACCUUCGCCACACCUCUGCAGCCACAAUCAGUGAAGAGGCCUGGUUUGGCCCGCAGACCUCCUACACGCCGAGCUGUAGAUGUGGGUACAUUUUUGCAGGAUCUGCGAGAUACUUCCCUGGCCUUGGCUCCUCCAGACACAGUGUUGGAGGACACCCAGCCCUUCUCCCAGCCCUUGGUUGGCCGUUCCCCCAGUGUGCACCACUCCCUGCCUUGCCCCUCUCACUCUGGGGCUAAAGAUGUGGAGAGGGCUGCCAGUCGCAGGACAUGGAGCAGUGGGCUUGGGCUGCAGAACAACGGUGCUGGGAAACCAGCCCAGCUUCUGGCAGGAAAGGUGGAGGAGGUUGGUGCCCUUGCUAUGGGCUUUCCGAACAUCAGCAGUAAUAUCUCUGGAGAAGAUGGAAUAGAGCCCUUACAGAAUGGAGUAGGUGAGGAGGCAGAGGAAAGAAUGGAAGAAAGCUUGAGGGAAGUGGAGAAGGCAGCAGAAGCACAAGGAUCGGCCAGAGCAGAAGAGCCUGAAGGACACAUAGAAGUGACCGAAGCAGAGGGAUCCUGGGGGGCUGUCGAGGCCAAGGAGCCAGAAGGAUCUUCAGGGGAUGAAGACACCUCUGGUAGAACAGCAAGUCCAGAGUUGGCCUCCAGCACCCCAGAGUUCCUUCGGGCCAGGCGACUUCAGUUUCUUGAGACAGCUCCACCACCUAGCACUGCAGUGUUACCUUCAGAGCCUCCGGAGCCUCUGUCGGCCAGGCUUCCUCCCAAGCCCCGAAUCCCUGGCUCCAGACCCCGUCAAGAUCCCUACAAGACUGGACUGAACCACUAUGCGAAACUCCUUAGCUUCUAUGCUAAGAUGCCCAUGGAGAAGAAGGCUGUGGAGAUGGUGGAGAAGUGCCUGGACAAGUAUUUCCAGCAUCUUUGUGACGACCUGGAGGUAUUUGCUGCUCAUGCUGGCCGCAAGACUGUGAGGCCAGAGGACCUGGAGCUGCUGAUGCGAAGGCAGGGCCUGGUCACUGACCAAGUCUCCCUGCAUGUGCUCGUGGAGCGGCACCUGCCCCUGGAGUACCGACAGCAGCUCAUCCCUUGUGCAUUCAGUGGCAACACUGUCUUCCCUGCCCAGUAGUGGCCAGGCCUCAACACCUGCCCUGUCCCUCCCUGGGGCCCCUUGGCCCCACAUACACUUCUAGGUUUCCUCCCUGCCCCCCAGCAUCAAUAAAAUGUCACAAACAGAA